AGAGGAGCUCAAUCCAACGAUUUAAAAACUGCGUUCCGUGAGCGCAAUUACUCAACACGGACCCGUGGGUUUUGCAAAAAAAAAAAUAAAAAUAGUAGGGGAGCUACUGUUUGACUCCGUUGUCAAGCACUGUGAGUCAAGCCGUCAAGGUAUACUAGGCUAUAGACUUUGCAGCCAUACAAUAGUGAAAUAAAUCAUAGCACGUUACUCGAUAUUUUUGCUCUACGAGGAAAAUCUACGAAUUAUAAAUAUAUUUUUUUAAUAAGUAACCAUUACAACGAAAAUCUUUCAAAAAAUUGGUCAAAAACGUGUAUCCAAUCCAAAAACAUAUUUAUUUUAAAAUCGAAUUCGAUACCCAAUACCCAUAGAUAAACCGUAAAUUAUAAUUUGAUGUGUAUACCUAUGUUACGGCUAAAGUCCGAAACAUGGUUAAAGUGCACAUAAUCCACAAUAGUUGGAUAAAGUAAACACUUAACAUUUAGAAUCAUAGUUUCGUACAUUAACCGGCUAUUUUGUACAUUAUCCAUUGAUUGAUGGAUGAAGUAACUGGGUAGAAAAAAUGUAGAAAAAAAUAUAUUAUUAUUAUAAUAAUAUAAUUGUAAGAUAUGAAAUUACUUAUGGUGCUAUUUUUACGAUGUGAAAACCAUUCAAAGUUACAAUAAAGUUACAAUAAAAUGGAACUAUAUAGAUUAUAGUAGUACUACUACUAGAUAGUAGGUACUACCAUUUAUCUUGCGAUCAUUCAAUUUUAUCGUAAUCGCUUGACGUUACCUAUAUGAGUACCUACCUAUAACAUCAGUUUAAAUUUAGUUGUGUUCGGAGUAAAAUGUGGAUGAAAUAAGUUCAAAAGACGAUUUUUACGUGUUCUUUAAUAAAUUAACUGCGGAAAAAACAGAAUUCGAUUUUUUAAUCACAAAAAAAAUAUUCUGAAAUAAUAUUAGAAAUUAAAACGCUAAAUCAAACAAAAAAAAAAAACAAGCACAGAUUACCGACGUUUAAAAAGAUAUGAUGUAAUAACUAUUGACGGAGAAGACAAAUUUAUUUAUCCUAUAGACGGUGGUGAUUCAACAAUCUAUUAUAGUACAUUCAAAACGAAAGUAUGUACGAUAUUCUUCAUGAAAUCCAUUGUAAUAUAGGGCACGGGGGGAAAAACAGAAUGAUUGCCGAGACAAAGAAAAAAUAUAAAAAUAUCACACAAGAAAUUAUAUUAAUGUAUUUAAAGUAUUGUGAACCUUGCCAAAUGAAGCAAAAAUGUAAAAAAAAUGGUCUGGUUACUAAACCAAUGAUAUUCUCUGAAAUGAAUAGUAGGGCUCAAGUUGACCUCAUUGACGUGCAGACCAGCAGACAUGCAGUCACGAGCAGACGGGGAAUAUCGUUUUAUCGUGGUCUACCAAGACCAUGUUACAUAGUUUGAUCAAAUAAGAGCAUUAAAAACAAAACGAGCUGAAGAGGUUGCGAAACAUAAUAUUAUAGACAUAUUUUGUAUUUUUGGUGCUCCAAUGAUACUGCAAUCUGACAAUGGAAGAGAAUUCGUAAAUCAAAUAAUUAAUGAUUUAAAAUGUAUGUGGAAUAGUUUGAAAAAAGUUCAAACAAAUAAUUCAAAACCUUAGUCCGAGGGUUUGAGGUUUGUACAAUUAAUGAAGAAUAGAGCAUUUCACGGUGGGAUAAAAAGGUCGCCAUAUCAAGCGAUGUUUGGUAGUGAUAUCAAAAUUGGAUUAUCGACGUAUAUUCUUCCACCAGAAACUAUCAACAAUAUAUCUUCAGAAGAAGAUUUAGAAAAUGUAUUGCAAAAUAUUGGAGGAAAAAGUGAAGAAAGCAGUUCUGCAGACGCUAAUCAGGACGAAGAAAUACAUAAAAUAUGCGAGUCUUGUGGGAAUAAUAUUCAAGCAAUAUUAAACAAAGAUGACAAUCAACACCAUAUUUGUAAUUUAUGUGCAAAAGAGAGUAUGGUUAAGUCUCAAAGAGACCUUAGUAUAAAAGCAUUACAACAUCAGGCUGAAAAUGUUAAGUUUAGCCAUAACACGAUGGCUAAAGUUACUUUAGCCGGGUAA